AUGCACCACUUGUACUUCACAUCGAUACGAGCCUUAUGCAAUGCGAAUACUUCAGAGUUCUUCAAUCCAAGGAAAGACGUAUCAUUCCCGGAGAUCAAUCUCCCAUUAGGAGACAUGUCCAGGCUAACAACGCCUGGAUCUCCGAACAGAACAGUUCUAGCGUUCUUCGCUGGCCGAUUGCACGGAAUGAUUAGGAAAUCCAUCUUCGAGCAUUGGAAGGACAAGGACAAUGACAUCAUAGUGUGGGAAGAAGUACCUAAUAGUUCGAAGUUCUCUUACAAAGAGAUGAUGGGGAGGAGUAAGUAUUGCAUUUGCCCUAGCGGGUUCGAGGUGGCGAGCCCUAGGAUCGUGGAGGCUAUAUACGCCGAGUGUGUACCGAUUUUGGUGUCCGAAAAUUAUGUACUGUCGUUUAGUGAUGUGCUUGAUUGUGACAAGUUUUCAAUCCGAGUCACGGUGGCCGAGUUGCCAGAGUUGAAAAGGAUCUUGGCGGCGGUCGGAGAUGAUGGGUACGUGGUGAUGCGGCUGAGGGUGAGGGAGGUGCAACACCAUUUUGUGGUGAAUGAUCCACGUAGGAGAUAUGAUGUGUUCAAUAUGAUGCUUCACUUAUUAUGGUUGAGAAGGUUGAAUCUUAGAAUCAAUGUGUGA